CAAAGAAGCCUUGAGCAAGUGGACUCAGCUAUGGCUGGAUUACAAUUUGGUUUUAUACAUUUAAGGGAAACAAGAAUUACAAGUAAAGUAAUAAAUCAAUACUUGGAAGGCAUACAUUGGUUUGGCCCUAAAAGGUGGGACAUCUCAAAGCAGGGGCUUAGAAGUUAUAGGUGGGUUUAGGGAUUGUUUAGUUGACAAUUGGCUGAAAGAGUAAGGCUUUGUCUAAAAGACCAGGAGUCAGUGGAAAGAAAUUAAGAUAAGGGUCUUCUAUGUUUUAUGUGAUGCUGUACCAGAAUCAGGCUGGGAAGUAAACCACAUUAUAUUGGGUUAACAAAACCUGUUUAGUGAGAUUUUAUCAUUUGUAGACAUGACUCACCAGGCCUCCUUAGAAAGGAAUUUGGGGGCAAAAGAAAAGAUCAGAGUUCAGUCCUCACAUGUAUUAAACUCCCAAUACCAUUCACAGUCACUCUAAAAAGUACGAAAUAGGUGUAAAUCUGAGGAAAUAUGUGCAGGUUGGCUGAGUGUGAAUUCAAAUAAUUACUUUUGGGUGAUGGAACAUUUCUGUAUCUUUAUUGUAGUGGUGCUUACACAAAUCUUUUCAUGAUAUAAAAUUGUUAGAUCUGUACAUGCACACAUACAUUAAUGCAGUUUUAAAAAAUAUUGAAAGCAAAAUUAGGCCUGUAGUCUAGUUAUUAGUUAAUAGUAAUGUACCAAUGUCAAUUUCCUGGUUUUGAUAUUAUACUAUAUCUACAGAAAAUGUCACCAUUGGGGGAAGCUGGACAAAAGACACAAGGUCUUUUGGUACUAUUUUUGCAAUUUCCUAUGAGUCUAUAAUUAUAUUAAAUGUUAAAAAAAUGAGAUGAGGCCAAGGAGAUGUUUCAGAAAUGACUGGAGGAACCAGGUUCUUCAAAUGAAUAGGGCUCAAUCCAAUUUAGACCAAAAAGUUUCUAUGUGGCUUAAGUCUAUAUUUCAGUGGCUCUUUCUUUUUCAGUUAUCUUUUCAUUGUAUUAUAUAAGUAAUACUUAUAGAUAUAUAUAUGGAUAUACAUACAUAUAUAUAGGAAGAGUUGGGGCAGAGGGAAAACUUUCUUUGUCCUGGGAAGGUUCACUGAAAGAUCACCUCACAAUAGAGCAGAUUAAUUAGAGAAAAGAUAUACAAAUUUUAUUGUUACCGUACACUCUGGGAGUAUCAAAGAGUGAUUGCACAAUAUCUUAAUGAGACCCAAAUAUUUAUAUAUCCUCAUAUAUUUAUAUAUGAGGAUAUAUAAAUAUUUAUAUAUCCUCAUUUUCAGAGGAAAGGAUGGAGAUAGGGAAUAUGAAUAAUUUGCUUGAGGAGCAAAUAAAUGGUUACUAGGGAGGAUGAAUAGAUAUUUGGGAGAAUGAAUGGAUGGGGGAAAGCAGAUUGACUUGCAAAUGAGUCACUUUGGAAACUAAAUUAACCUGAGAAAUAGGCAUUAUUUUGCAAAAGGUUUGGGCCAAGUCUAGUUGCAUUCUUGACCUUCUUUCCUGAAAAAGAUAAUGAGAUAACACCAGGUGGGAAAAGAAAGACAAUUGUUCUUGAUGGUUCCCUCCGGUCUUUAUGGAAAUAGAGGGAAAGCCCCUUCCAAAGCCUGUUAUCUCUCAGGGUCUUUAAUUUAAAAUACACUUUACACAAAGGAGUGACAUUUUAGGGUGAAAUUUCCUGCACUCCUUCAGGAGUAAAAAGUGUAAGUCUUCCUUCUUACAGCCUAAACCAGAACAACGUUGAGCAAUUUGAUACAUCUACCCUGGCAUUUUUGGAUGCAUUUAUACCCACGCUUGGAUGUGUUGUUGACAAAAUCAUGAUAUCACGCAAUAACUUAGUGGCUCUGUAACUGGCUACUUUUUAUUGGACCUAGAAGAUAGGACAAUUACCCAAUCAGUGUGUGUGUGACUCUGCUAAGUUCCUUAAACAGUUCCACAGGAUGCUAUAGAGAUGUUCAAGUGCGCCAGCAAACAGGCAAGUUGAGAAGGCCUAAAUACCCAGGUCAGUCCUUGUGAAAACUGGGAUGGGGUCAUGGUGAACCUACUUCUUUGCAGACAGUUUUCUUAAAGCCAUGACCAUAACGAACCGUGAGCAUUUCCCUGCUUCAGGAAAUAGUCUGGAAAAACAUGACUGGGUUUGGGUUGGGUUUGGAUUAAUUUACCUUUAAUAAAGAUUAAAUGAAACCACGAAAAGGCUUUUAAGCACAGGAGCAACAAAGGCCAUAAACAAGUGCAAAUGAGAACCUGAGGCAACCUUGUGCAGCAACUAGAGCAAGCAAUGGAUUAAGAGGAGUGCUCAGAAAGGGAAAGACAACGGGAAAAUUCACCAAUAAAUAUAUGCGACCAGCACAUAUACCAGAAAGGGAAACAAUACACGCAUGUAGGUUUGGUGGCACUCCAUAGUGCAGUUACUGCACUGUGCGAAUUAAAGAAAGGUACAACGGGUUGGCUGGUAGGGUUUUCUGGGGACACCGUGGGAGAAGGGGGAGUGUUGUGAACGGGCCAGGCCUUCUGGAAGUGCUUUCUGUACAGAAUCAGCAAAGCGGUGCAGACGUCCAGCUCUCCACUCCCACUCCACUCUAGGGGAUUCCACAAAACCAUCCCUGGCAGCUCCGCCUUCCAAACCGCUCUGGCUUCAGGCACAGCUCCCAGGAGAACCUGGACCCGGGAGUAGGCGGGGCCAGAGGGAGGGGCGGGGCCGGGCGCCAGGUCCACGUUGGCGGUGCCCAGGCGGCCUCUGCAGCUCCAGGCAAGGGGCGGGGCUACGCUAGGGGCGGGGCUACGCUGGCGCCGGCCCGCAGUGAGGGGGCGGAGCUGUUGGUGGCCGGCGAGGGCGAGGGCGGGGCGGGCAGGACGCCAAGCUGCUGGCCGGGUUCUCCAGUCCUCGCGUCUGGCCGCCCGCUAGGCUUCUGCUCCUGUCUGUCUGUCUGUCUGUCGGUUGGCAGGGCCUGCGCCGGCCCGGGCCCAUGGCGGCGUCUGCGGCUCUGUCUGCGGCGGCGGCAGCGGCAGCCCUGUCGGGCCUGGCGGUGCGGCUGUCGCGCUCGGCCGCAGCCCGCAGCUCCUACGGCGCCUUCUGCAAGGGGCUCACGCGCACGCUGCUCACCUUCUUCGACCUGGCCUGGCGGCUGCGCAUGAACUUCCCCUACUUCUACAUCGUGGCCUCGGUGAUGCUCAACGUCCGCCUGCAGGUGCGGAUCGAGUGAGUGCCGCCGCAGCGCCAGUGGCCCGGGGGAAGGGUCGCCCCCCGCCCACCCGCCUGCCCUGGGUCAGGACGCCAGCAUGAAGGACAGCGGGGUGGCCGAGAGCCCCAGGGAUGCGGCGGGGGGCGGACGCGGGGCGGCCCGGGCCCCUCCACUCGAGACCUUCGCAGCAGGGGGACGGCCACCAAGCCCCGGCCCCAGUCGCAGCCCGACCCGGAUCGCGCAGAAACUCGCUAAACGGGCCCUUUCCACCGGGCACGAGAAACUAUUUGAGUUCGGCCGACCUGUUGCCUCUCCUUGGCCAAAGUGGGGAACCAGAAGGAAGGAAUUCUGCUGCAGCCACUUCAUCUGCCAGGCCCAGAGCAGAAAGGCAUUGGCGUUUGUAAGUGGUCACCCGGCUGCUCCUUCUGUGGCCUUGUCAAGAGUCUCAUCCCUGCCUACGGGCACCCCUGCCCUGGAGCUGCCUGGGGAGCAGCUGAGUGGACGGCCUGACCAGCAGGAGAGGAAGGGCCUUCCCGGCUCAGUCCCCCAUGCCCAGGAUCACAGAAGGAUAUCGUCGAGAUGGGCUAGGAUUGGUCCUGGGGGCCCAGGGCAUGCUGCUAACUGGUGUACCCAAAUGGCCAGGAGCAGCCCGAGGCCCCCAUCCCCGUUCCCACAUCUCUGGCACUGGUAGCUCGAGGCCCAUGUUCUCAGUUCCUGGAACUGAGAACUGCACCAGUCUGGCCAGCCCCAAGGCAGAGUGGCCCAGCCUCCUGCCAUCUGCCCUCCUCAGCUGCCCGCUGGAGCCAGGACCCGAAUGAAGACCUCUGGCUGCCUCACCCCGGGAUGAGGCUGGACGGUGGCUGCCAUGUGCCCCUGCGGUUGCCCACAGCCAGGGCCCGAUGGUGUGCUUCUUUGUGCCAAGUGUCCUGCUGGCCCUUCUCAUCCACCCAACCCUGUCCACCCUGGACGCCCUGUCAGCCUGCUGACCCCAUGCACAGACCUUGGGGCGCCUCUGAGGGACAAAAGUGACUCGGGGCUGCAGGAGCGCAGAGGGGGUGUGAGGAGCCUCCUUGGGUCUGACACUCAGAUGUGACCCUUUCCAGCCCUGAUCUCACCCUCUGGGUGACUAGAUGCCCAGCCCCAGCCUCUUCCUGGGCCAUCCAGGAAGGGAGGAGGAGGGCUCAUAACAGAGAGCGCGCGUGCGCACACACACACUGUGUGCGUGAGUUCCUGCGUGCACUGCUCCUGCGUGCGUGCUGCAUGGGCGGGGAUGGAGCUGUUGAGCAGGAGGAGCUUCUCUGGGCUCUGAGUCCUCCCUGUGCAAAUCGGGGGUGGAGGGUUCCAGCCAGGGCAAGGAGGCUGCUCUCCAACAGGGAGAAAUGAGCCUCAGGCGUCCCUGUCCUCAGAGGUCCCCACUGCAGAGAGCUCCAACCCCUGCAAAGGGCCACAUCUGCAUCUGCUUCAGCUAGAGCUGUGCUGGCCCCAAAGACUGGCCCUCCGCAUCUUGUUCCUGCCCCACUUUCUGGCCCAUCACACCAGGUGGUGGCCACGCCAGGUGGUGGCGUGUUGCAGCUUUCAUGCCUCCCCUCCCACCUCUCUCUGCCCCACCGGCCCUUGCUGCGUGAGGGGGUCUCCCUGCACUUUAUUUAUUUGCAGUCUGUUUUCCAGGCAGAGCUUCUGCAAAUUCCGACACCGACCAGAAUGACGUCCUUUCUGCGUGUGAUUCACUGUACUGGUCAGCACAGGCUGGUCGGAGAAAUGUUCUUGUUUCUGGUGUUGUCACGUCUUAUCGUUUGUCUGAGUUUAAAAAAAAAUAAGUCCUUGAUUCAGUAAACGACAAUCCCGA